UCCCUUUUUCCGCUUGUCAAGGACAGCUGACCGCGGGGGAGGCGGAAUGAAAGCAUUCUCUUGGGCUUUCAUGAUAACAUCGCUCUCCAGUCACUGCUCACAGAUUAGUGGGGAAUCAGUCAUGUUUCGCAAGACAUUUUUCAUCUGUUACGUGAGGGCGGACUGGGAUGUGUUCAGGUCGAAAGGCUCUCAUAUGGAUGCAGUGAUCCGCCGGUGCCCGUUCCUCACCGCCGUGCCCGGUGUCGUCCUGCAGCUGGCUGGGAAGUUCUCGCUGGUCAGCUAUGCCCAGAAGUGCCCCGUGAUGAUGGGCAGAGCUCUGUCCUCUUCAGCUUCUGCGUCCAAAGGCGCUCCAACAAAUGACGGUCCAAAGCAUGAGGUCAAGCUGCCCCCGGGCCAUACAACGUCACCCGCUGGCCAGGCCGCAGGCUCUAAAUGCCCGUUUCUGGCUGCGGAAAUGGUGCAGAAAAACAACAGGGUGGUCAGAGAGGCCAGCAUGGAGCUGCAGGAGGACGUGCAGGAGAUGCACACUCUGCGUGCAGGGAAGAAAGAGGUUGAUUCAUCCGUUGUGGAUCUUGUUGAGACGGACAAGGCCAACCGAUCCUCAUCCUCCAAAGUGUCUCAUUUUCUGAAGGACAACCUGCCCGAGGUUGUAACCUUCCAGUACGACAAGUACUUUGAAGAGAAGGUCGAAGGCAAGCGGUCUGAUCACACGUACAGAGUUUUCAAGACGGUGAACCGGAGCGCCACCUCCUUCCCCAUGGCGGAUGACUACUCAGAGUCUCUCCGUGCCAAGAGAGACGUGUCCGUGUGGUGCAGCAACGACUACCUCGGCAUGAGCCGUCACCCCAGAGUCACCCAGGCAAUCGAGGAGACACUGCAAAAGCACGGCGCCGGGGCCGGGGGCACUCGAAAUAUUUCUGGGACGAGCAGAUUCCACGUGCAUCUGGAGGACGAGCUGGCCGACCUGCACAACAAGGAUGCCGCUCUGCUGUUCACUUCCUGCUUCGUAGCCAACGACUCCACCUUGUUUACUCUGGCAAAGAUACUACCAGGUUGUGAAAUCUACUCUGACGCCGGCAACCACGCCUCAAUGAUCCAGGGUAUUAGAAACAGUGGGGUCAAGAAGCUUGUCUUCCGUCACAAUGACGUCAACCACCUGCACGAGCUGCUGGAGAGGUCCGACCCCUCCACUCCAAAGAUCGUGGCCUUUGAGACGGUGCACUCGAUGGAUGGCGCCGUGUGCCCACUGGAAGAGAUGUGCGAUAUCGCCCACAAGUUUGGCGCCAUAACCUUUGUGGACGAAGUCCACGCCGUUGGUUUGUAUGGGCCCAGAGGGGGGGGGAUCGGGGACAGAGAUAAAGUCAUGUACAAGAUGGACAUCAUCUCUGGAACCCUUGGCAAGGCCUUCGGCUGUGUGGGCGGCUACAUCGCCAGCACCGACGCCCUGGUGGACACCGUGCGCUCCUACGCCGCAGGCUUCAUCUUCACCACCUCCCUGCCCCCCAUGCUGCUGGCGGGGGCGAGGGAGUCCAUCAGGGUCCUGAAAAGCGAGGAGGGCCAGGUGCUCCGCAGGAAACAUCAGAGGAGCGUUAAGCUGCUCCGACAGAUGCUGACGGACUCGUGCCUCCCGGUCGUCCGCUGCCCGAGCCACAUCAUACCCAUCCGGGUGGCCGACCCAGAGAAGAACAAUGAGAUCUGCGACAUCAUGAUGUCUCGUUACAACAUCUACGUGCAGGCAAUCAACUACCCCACGGUGGCUAAAGGGGAGGAGCUGCUGCGCAUCGCGCCCACGCCACACCACACCCCCCAGAUGAUGUUCUAUUUUGUUGAUCGGCUGGUGAAGACCUGGAAGGAGGUGGGCAUGCAGCUGAGUCGGCGGUCCUCGGCGGAGUGCGACUUGUGCCGGCGGCCUCUUCACUUGGAGCUGAUGAGCGAGAGGGAGAAGUCCUACUUCACAGGCCUCAGUCACGUGAUAUCAGCAGUGGCUUGAGAACACUCAAAUCCCAACGAGCCCACUGACGGCAUUUUACCUAUACAUUUAUUUAUUCAUUCAUAAAACAUGUUGCUGCCUAAAUAAACGUGUGGGUUAAGUGUUAA